UGAUAUUUUAAUUUUCUCCCAAACACUACCGCCCCUGCGAUUGCAAUUCCUCUCUCUCUAUCCUUCUCUCUCCGUCCCUCCUCUUUCUCUCUCUAACCUUGGAAUCGAUCGAAAUCCAAUCCCUCCAAAAUUAGGGUUUGUUCGAAGUCUUGAUCUCUCCAUUUCUUCGCCAGAUUCAACUACGUAUAUCAAUUUCGUUUCGCGUCUCGAAUUUCUAGGGCUUGGUUUGUCAAAGAUCUUCGGCAGACUAGCAGAGCCUUGUUCUUGAGGCUUUAGGGUUUCUAAAGUCUUUUAGAUCUAAUUUUUAACGAUUCCUCCUAGGCCAUUUCGUUUCCUUGUUCAACAUGUUUUGGCGUAUGGCUGGUUUGUCUACUGCAUCGCCUGGAUUGGCUUGUAUUUUGAGGCUUUCUUUGACUGCAUCCUACAAGCUAGUUUAUUUGGUCUUUUUAACCCAAUGACAGACCUCAAAAGGCCAAAAACUAACUUUUGCAUGGAGAUGCGUUCGGCGGUUUGGUUGGAGAGGCGUUUGCUCCUCGUGGUGCAUAGUUGGUUAACGCUGACUGUGGACCGGGCUGUUUUGUCUUUUGUUGAAUUUGUGGAGACAAUUAUGGAUAAGGAGAACUUUACAUUGGAGGAGCUUCUUGAUGAGGAUGAAAUAAUUCAAGAAUGCAAAGCUCUUAAUAGCCGCCUUAUUAAUUUUUUGCGAGAAAGAGCUCAGGUUGAACAACUUCUUCGAUAUAUAGUGGAAGAAGCUCCUGAGGAUGCUGAGAAAAGACGAACUUUUAAGUUUCCUUUUAUUGCAUGCGAGAUUUUUACUUGUGAAGUUGAUAUCAUACUCAAAGCAUUGGUAGAGGAUGAGGAGUUGAUGAACUUCUUGUUCUCCUUCUUAGAACCUGAACACUCUCAUAGUACUCUACUGGCUGGUUAUUUCAGCAAGGUUGUCAUAUGCCUUUUGUUGAGGAAGACUGUUCCUUUUAUGAAUUAUAUUCAAGCUCAUCAGGAAAUUAUCAGGAAGCUGGUUGACCUUAUUGGAAUAACGUCCAUUAUGGAGGUUUUGAUUCGUUUAAUUGGUGCUGAUGAGCAUCUCUAUAGCAAUUACACAGACUCGAUGCAGUGGGUAGAGGAUACGGAUGUGCUGGAGAUGAUUGUGGAUAAAUACAGCUCAUCAGAUUGCCCAGAAGUGCAUGCCAACACAGCAGAAACACUGUGUGCUAUAACUCGAUAUGCUCCUCCUGGCCUAGCUGCUAAAAUCACCAGCCCAAGUUUUAUAGGAAGACUCUUUUGUCAUGCUCUGGAGGAUUCACGGCCAAAAUCUGUUUUGGUUAACUCAUUGUCUGUAUGCAUAUCUUUGUUAGACCCCAAAAGGCUGACCUUGGGGACAUAUCAUUUUUACAGCCGUCAACUGUCUCAUGGAUCUACAAUAAGUGCUAAUCCCGAGACAGUAGAGGGCAUGCUAGGGAGCCUAGGUGAUUUACUUAAGCUUUUGGAUGUUUCAUCGGAUGACAAUGCCUUGAUUACAACAUAUGGCAAGUUGCAGCCACCUCUUGGAAAACAUCGUCUGAAGAUUAUAGAGUUCAUCUCAGUCUUAGCGACUGUUAGUAGUGAAGCUGUUGAGAAGGAAUUGAUCUGCCUUGGUGCAGUAAAAUGCAUUUUAGACUUGUUCUUUGAGUACCCAUUCAAUAAUUUUCUGCAUCACCAUGUUGAGCACAUUAUUAUGUCUUGCUUGGAGAGCAAGAAUUCUUCUUUUAUUGAACAUCUUCUUCAUGACUGUAAUCUUGUUGGGAGAAUCCUUGAAGCAGAAAAGAACAUCACGUUGGCUGCUGAUCCAAACAAGCCUGCGAUCCCUGCUGAGGGUAAACCACCACCCAGGAUUGGGAAUAUUGGACACAUAACACGGAUAUCUAACAAACUUGUUCAAUUGGGUAACAACAACAGUGAUAUGCAGGCAUAUCUACAGGAGAAUAGUGAAUGGGUAGACUGGCAUACAAAUGUCUUAGUCAAGCGCAACGCUGUAGAAAAUGUCCACCAGUGGGCAUGCGGGAGGCCAACUGCCUUGCAUGAUCGGACUAGGGAUAGUGAUGAUGAUGAUUACCAAGAUAGAGAUUAUGAUGUAGCUGCUCUAGCAAAUAAUUUAAGCCAGGCCUUCAGAUAUGGCAUUUAUGGCAAUGAUGAUAUGGAAGAGGUACUGGCUCAUGGCUCGCAUGAGCGGGAUGAUGAGGAUGUCUACUUUGAUGAUGAAUCUGCUGAAGUUGUCAUAUCUUCUCUUCGUCUGGGAGAUGACCAGGACAGUGGCUCUCUUUUUACAAAUUCCAACUGGUUUGCCUUCGAGGAUGACAGAAUAGUUAACGAACGCUCUGCUGAUUCCAUUGCUUCUCCAUCACCUAAUACUGAGGGCACUGGCGUUGUCGAUGGUUGUGGUGAUGAGGUUAAUGUCGACAAAGAUGAGAAUUUAACUAGCACUACAUCUCAAGUGCCUGAACCAGAAGUUGGUUCAGAAACCACAUUAGGUAAUUUGUCCGAGGAAUCGAGUGAAACUGGAACCAAAGAGAGUGAUAAGCCGCCUGAAUGGGUCGAAUGGAGGGAGACUUCAGAUUCGGUUGAGCCAUCUGAUACUGAUAAGCCUUCAGUUUUACCCAACGGUGAACUGCAAGUGGAAUCUGAAAAUCGGACCGAUGAUAUUGACCCAAAUACAGCCAAUCCUUCUCCAUCGUCUGAUGAUGCAUCAGUUAGCAAAACCAAUGCUGGAGGAUCACCAGAAUCAACUGACAACUCCCGUUCGAAAGCUUCCCAGCCGCCGCCUGAAUCUGGAGAUGAGAAUCCAAGUUCUAAGAAUCCAAGUGCUUCGACAGAUGUGGAUAAGCCAGUUGGAACACAAGGCUCUGCUGAGAAAAAGGUUGAAUUAGGGAAUUGAUGCGAGUUCUCUAUCAUGAAUUUGACGGGGUUAACUAAUGCCAGUGCCAUUGAUCUAGUGGGGAGAUGACUCAAGUACUUCUGGUCUACAGUGUGUAUUUUAGUGCCCCGAUGUACAUUAUGGGGCUUAAUUGUCAAAUAGGGCUGAUCAUUCUUUCCCCAUCGGUAGUUGGUAAAUGAGUUCUCUCUUUCUCUCUCUCUCUCCCCGCUUUCUCUGCAUUCUGGAAAGGGAAGGGGGGAGAUGAAGUUUUUUUCCAAUGAAGUGAUUCUUUAGGGUUGGGAAUGCAGAUAUUGCUAUUUCAUAUGAUAUUACUAUUUUAGCCUCUGGCUGCUAGGUGAAUCACAUACUGAUGAUGCAGUUGGGAUGCUAUAUUUUCAUAAAUGAUCAUGGUUCUCUCUGUGUGGACCUCAAAAAUGUGCAGUUUGUUUUGGUUUUAGGAAUUUGUUUCGCCAAAGAACCUUAAUAUGCGGAGAUUUAUUCGGAACACUUAUUUUACAUGGUUGCAUUCCAUGAUAGAUAUACACAGACCACUCUAAUUGUUGUUA